CUUGCUCGGUCAGUUUAGACUGCCUGUGUGCAACAGCCCGAGCCAGCCUGCACCUUGCGCCGCUUUGCCGUGCUUUCAGCUCUCCGAAGGCUCAUGGCUGAGGGCCCGGAGCUGGCGGAGCCGGAGCGGGUCGUGCACAAGGGCCGCCGGCACAAGCGGCGGCGCCACCGGAGUCGAGGAAAUGAGGGAAGCUGCGGCAGCAGGUCGCAUGGGAGUGCGCCUGGUUCCCGACAUCGGCGAGGGGCCUCAAGCAGAAGGCGGCGCCGAAGUCGGAACCGGCCACGCUCGCAGGACCUGGAGCGCUCUCCGCGCUCAGCUCCGCGCCACGAGCACCGCGAGCCCCGCGCGGAGCGGCACCGCGACGGGGGGCCACCGCACAUCGAGGUGGAGAUCGGCGCGGCCCUCGGUGAGGAAGGCCGCUACAUCGUCGAAGAAGUCUUUGGCGAUGGGGCCUCUGGCCGUGUCCUAGGCUGCCGAGAGGAGCCCAGCGGCAAGCUGGUGGCGGUGAAGGUCUCGCGGCCGGCGCGGCGGCAGCGGAGGCACGCAGAGACAGAGGUGGCCACGUUACAGAAGCUUCAGAGGCACAACCGAGAGCUGGCGGAGAAGCAUGUUGUGCGCCUGUUGGACACCUUUGAGCACGACCAGGACUUCUACUGCAUCGUCAUGGAGCCUUUGGCGAUGAGUUUGCGUGGCCUUUUGCAGGAAGGCGAUGGAGGGAUGUUUUUGGCAGACCUUCGCUCGUCGGCACAUCAACUGACGAAUUGCUUUGCCUUUUUUCAAUCCAUGGGCUUAGCCCAUGGGGACUUGAAGUGCACCAACGUGAUGCUCCGGCGGGGCGACUACGAGCUGCGGCCCCACCCGCGGCUGAGCGACCCGGACGCCAUGGCUGCGCGGCCCAUGCCCUGGCCGUUCGAGG